AUGACGAUGCCUAAAUUAGAAGUGCACGUGAUCGACGACGACGCAGGGAUGUUCAGGUCAUUCCCCUUGUCUGGGGUGUCGCGCAUCUCAGCUGCCAGAGGUCUUGCGCAGAAGCUUUCUCCUUCGCUCAUUAAUUAUGCUCGGUUGUACUCUAUUGCGACUACUCGCUUUCUGCGCACGUCUCCAAAUGUUGGUAUUUUUACCGGAAGGCCCUACUUAAUCCCACCGAAAUCAUGCAGUCAGCGGAUGCUCAGCCUCGGCUCCAUUUUCCGUUCAACGCAAGGAACUCCCUCACCUCACGUCGUUGCUCUUAUUACACGGUUGGAAGCCGAGGCAAAUGUUCAUCCACACGAUUUGUCGAAGCAAUUGACGCUUUAUGAAGCUCUUGUGGAAACCAAGUUGAAGUCGUCGUAUGAGCUCGUUAUCACUCGCUGGGAACGAAUGUGCGAUUAUGAUCCCUCUUCUCCACUCCUCAAGUCUGCUGAAGCGUUCAAACUGUAUCUCACGUGUCUGGAGAAGGCUGGACAGGGUGCUGAAAUUAACAACGCGGUCAACAAGCGGGACAAAUUGCUGGCAGAACAAGGCGCGACAUUAGCUGCAACGGAACUACCCUCACAAAAGGUUGACGGCACGCAGGUUUCUUCGACGGAGCCCGCGUCCGUCAACCCUCUCACUUCAGAGGCCUCCAGCCCUCUUACCUCCAGCCAGGCAAUUGCUCAACAAGUGCUCAACAAACCAAGUGCAUCCACGACUCCUUCGUCUCCUUCAGAUCUCUUGAAGGCAGCGGCAAGUGCCGAAUCAUCUCAGGCAAAUCCGAUCCAAGUCACAAUUGUCGAACGCAAGGGUGCUUGGAUCCCUCGGCUGGUUCGUUUCCUGGUCUUGACCAUCGUUAGCUCGUUCUUCUUCUUGGUCAUAUUGUCCGUGUUUUUCGAGAACACUGGUUUCAUGAAAGCGGGUCCGCGACAGUCGCAGUUCGAGCCUGUGGAAGGGAAGACGAUCACCUUCAAUGAUGUACAUGGGGUUGAUGAAGCCAAAGAGGAACUUCAAGAUGUCGUUGCCUUUUUGAAAGACCCGACUGCGUUUGCUUCUCUCGGUGGCAAGCUUCCUAAGGGUGUUCUGCUGACGGGACCUCCUGGAACUGGAAAAACUUUGCUUGCUCGGGCCAUCGCCGGAGAGGCUGGAGUUCCUUUCUUCUUCGCAUCAGGAUCUGACUUCGAAGAAAUGUUUGUUGGCGUUGGUGCUAAACGCGUUCGAGAGCUAUUUGCUGCGGCUCGCAAGAAAGAACCAGCAAUUAUCUUCAUUGAUGAACUUGACGCCGUUGGUGGCAAGCGUAGUAGCCGCGACCAGCAAUACAUGAAGCAGACUCUGAACCAGCUUCUUGUUGAAAUGGACGGAUUCCAGCAAAGCGAAGGUGUCAUCGUUAUCGCCGCAACCAACUUUCCAGAAAGCCUGGACCAGGCCCUCGUUCGUCCCGGCCGAUUUGACAGAACAAUUGCCGUCCCUCUACCCGAUAUUCGAGGCCGCGUGCAAAUCUUGCAACACCACAUGCAGGGUGUUGUUGUUAGCAAGGAGGUUGACCCAAAGAUUCUGGCUCGUGGGACACCCGGUUUCUCAGGUGCCGACCUUCAAAACAUGGUGAAUCAGGCGGCCAUUUAUGCGUCCAAAUUAAAGGCAAAGGAGGUCAAUCUCAGCCACUUUGAAUGGGCGAAGGAUCGUAUCCUAAUGGGAGCGGAAAGGAAGAGCCAAUACCUAGAUGAGAAAGCGAAACUCGCCACAGCCUACCACGAGGGUGGACAUGCCCUUGUUGCCCUCUACACCGAUGGAGCAAUGCCUCUCCAUAAGGUUACAUGUGUCCCCCGUGGCCAUGCCCUGGGAUACACCUCCCAACUGCCGGAGAACGAUCGUACCUCUGUCAGCUAUAAGGAAUAUCUUGCAGAAAUUGAUGUUUCAAUGGGUGGUCGUGUUGCUGAAGAACUGAUUUACGGUGUGGAGAACGUCACGAGUGGUGCAAGUUCAGAUAUUCGCCAUGCCACGAAGACAGCGCAAAGAAUGGUCAAAUACUGGGGCUUCUCUAAGCUUGGUCCUGUGUACCAUGAUGACAGAGACGAAAUGAUGAGCCCGAGAAGAAAAGAACAAAUCGAGGAAGAAGUCACAAAGCUCGUUCGAGGAGGCGAAUCACGGGCGACUUCUCUUCUUAACUCUAAAAUGACGGAAUUGCACAGACUUGCCCAUGCCCUCGUUGAGCACGAGACACUCAACUUAGAAGAGGUCAACAAAGUGAUCAAAGGCGAACCGAUACGGACUAUUACCGAAGUAUUGAACGACGAUAUUUCUAAUCUAGAGACUCAGUCAUCGUAA